GAUUCCCCUCCGCCUCCGCCGCCCUACGCGCCCAACACGUCCCCGUCCAGAUUCAUCCACCCCCUCUUCCUCUUCGUCUCCGUCCGCUCCGCCCCUUUUCCCCCUUCUCGUCGUCGCAACCGCCGCCCAUCCGGGGCUUGGAUUGGCCUUCCCCCGCUGCUCCUGCUGGUAGGUGGAUGAGCCCUUGACUGCCCAGCGCCCGCCCGCCCGCCUUCUUGCAGCAGCAAUGGACGACGGGGACCUGGAUUUCUCCAACCCGGACACGUACCUGUGCCCGGCGCUCGGCACCGACCCGCCCAGCAGCUGCUCCAUGGACAGCUACUUCGACGAGAUCCUCAAGGACACGGAGCACCACGCGUGCACGCACACCCACACCUGCAACCCGCCCGUGCACGACCUCUCGCACACCCACACCUGCGUCCACGUCCACACCAAGAUCGUCGCCGCCUCGCCCGGCGACGACGCCGCCGAGUCGCCGUCCGAGAACAACACCAACACCACCGGUAACAGCAACGCCGCCUCCAAGAAGCGCCCCUCGGGGAACCGCGCCGCCGUCAGGAAGUACCGGGAGAAGAAGAAGGCCCACACCGCGUCGCUCGAGGAGGAGGUGGUCCACCUCCGGGCGCUCAACCAGCAGCUCAUGAAGAAGCUCCAGAGCCACGCCACGCUCGAGGCGGAGGUGGCCAGGCUCCGCUGCCUGCUCGUCGACAUCAGGGGCAGGAUCGAGGGGGAGAUUGGCGCCUUUCCCUAUCAGAGGCCGCCGGUCAAGAACGUCGACCUCGUGUCUAGUGUUGACCAGGGAAGCUUCCUCGGUGGUGCCGGCACCGCCCAGGUUACCAACGCCUGCGAUUUCAGAUGCAAGGAUCAGAUGUAUUGCAACCCUGGGAUGCAGGGCGCUAUCAGUGGUCAGGUGUUGGGACAAGGCGCCUGUGAUGUCGCGAGUAUCCAGUGCAUUGGAAGUAACAAGUCUGGAUCCACUAAGCUACCUGUCUGUGGGGGAAUGGAUACAGUACCUGCUGUCUGCUUGCCAAAUGUUGAAAACAAGUGAUGGACUCCUGACAGUGUUUAUGGCCUCUCCUUUUCGGAGACUGCUGGGGCUUCCCGUUCUGCCUCAAAAGGAACGCUGUAUAAACUGCUAGCUCUUCUAUGUAGGACCGCACUGGUUCAAACUGCUAUGUGUGUGAGUUCGUCGCCCAUGAUGCUUCUAUGGUGCCUGAGGCGAUUCAAGUUUGUUAGCUCUAGAGCUGACAAGACAUCCUUGUUUAUUUUCCUUAGUUCCCAGAUGCUUUCUGAUCAAGUGCAGAACUGGACCGGAUCUGAAGGAGUCGAACAUGAACUGGUUAAAAAUUGGCAUAUGUGGUCUAAGACGCUCAGAUUUUUGUAGAGAAUCUCAAGUUUAAUGUAAACCCUGUUGCCCAUGUAGAUGCAUCGUUCCUGAAAUCCCUUUGUGGGUGCCAUGUCUCUCUGCUGCUGUGUGCGUGAUCUGAGGGAACCUGGAUUCGUUUAUUGUUUGAAUGUUUUACUAUUUCAUUCGCAAAUAAAUAAUUUGUUGCAUUGAUUGGAA